GCGGCGGGCUCCGUCGCCCUCAACUACGGGAAUUGCCGUCUACACACCACGGCGGCGUGGCCUGUCGAGCCUGUGUAUAUCAGCACCCGUGGGACUCCAGAUGGCCCACCUGACCACUUUCUCCGGGCGGUCAUGAUGGAACGCCAUCCAUACCGUGGUUUCGCUCAGAGCGACACCGAGCCUGAAGGGCCAUCCAGCACAGCACCUCAUCAACGGUCAGCCACAAUACCGAAAUGAGUGCGGCUCCCGUCGAACGUCCCCGUCUUCCGACGUCCUUCUCAUCUCCCAACAUCUUUCGCCGGCCCAUGGACCCGGGUCCAGCCCCGUUGGUGUACAUCAACGGCUGGCACGGCAUCGGCAAGGAGACGGUGGGCGAGUGCCUGACAUUGCUCCUCGGGAAGGAAAAGUCGCUACUCAUCGACGUCCGCAGCGUCGGGCCGGACAGCAUCACCGGCAGCAGCAGUUCCCCCGACUCGAAACAUCACCACCACCGCCGACACAAGCAUGAGGAUAACCCGCUCUUGACCCCGGAACACCCGCGCUACUUCUCAUUCGACACGGACCUUGAUUGGGAUCCCACCUCUGUCGGCCUGGCAUCGCCAGCCUACUCUUCAUGCACCUCGCGCUCCGCAUCCUUCUCUUCCGACUGCAGCAUUGCCACCGCUUCCACCACCCACACCGCAACCACCUCCCCGAUUCUCACCACCAACUCUUUCCCGUUUCCAGCUGCUUUACCAGGAGUCACGCAAAGCACCCCAGCCUUCCCACCCACCCCCCUGCUGCCACCCACACCACCAGCCCCGCCAACUGCCGCCAGCACGAACAGCACCACACCCACCCAAACUCCCUGUCCUCCUCCGCCAUCACCACCACCAUUACCACCACCAUUACCACCACCGCCCAUCAACAGCAACAGCAACCAAGCCACCCAACCCGAAGCCAACCAUCACCCAUCACCACAAGUCUCCCUCGAAAACCUAACCCACGUCCUAGCCAACCCACUCAACCUCCACCGGCUGGUUAUACUCCCGGCCCACGCGCCCGACACGCCGGCGGGCCGGGCCUUGCUUCACACCUUCGAGGCGGCGGCCGCUCGCGCUGGGAGACUGUUUGUUUGCGUCGAGCUGCGGUGCGAGAUGGGCGUUUAUCAGGCAAGGGCUGUUCGCUGUCGCGACGGGUUGGGUUCGAGAUUGGGGGUUACAAGUACAUGUACGGAUAGGCGGGGUGGGAGUAAUAUGGACUUGAAAUAUUGGGGGGUGAAGGAGGGUGGUGGUGGGUUCUGUUCGGGUUCUGGUGCGGAAUCAUCUUUUGGUUCGUCAUGGUCCGGGUUAGGAGGAGGGGUUGUGAGUCGUUCCGGUUGCGGUUCUGGGUCUAGUUCUGGUGCACGAUUGGGGGACGGGUGUGAUUCGAGCCUCGGUUGUUGUGGCGGUUUAGGUAUGGUGGCGGAGAUUGAGAUAGCCAGGAGGGAGGUGGUGGGCCUGAGUGAGGGCUACGUCGCAGGGGAAGGAAGAGGGAGAUCGAUGAGUUUACCUUAUACUGGGGCAGUGACGGCACCAAUACCACUUGGACAGACGAUAGGCCUUUCAGCGGGAAUCCGGCGGGCUGGUAGCCAAACCCUGGCGAUGCCGGGGAAGGCCGGGUUGACGGUCGAUGUCACAUCUCUUCCCGCGUUCGAGGCGGCGCUACAAAUCGUCGAGUUUGUGAGGACACUGGAGGCAGAGAGGGACGCCGAGCUGUGCAGUUCUAGAGAUGGCCUUGCCAUACCGCCGGGGCGAAGCCUGGAGAAUCGGAAGGAAUGGGUUGCGUCUGCCGGAGAAGCGAGACCAAUUAGGAAGCCACACCGACCCUUCAACGAUUACUGCAGGAGCACUUCCAGAGCACCCUACGUGCAGGACGCUGUGUGGGGGAGGGCGGCCGGGGAAGAGUGCAGAUUCGUCCGGAUCUUGGCUGAGACGGGGCGAGCGUCAUGCUGA